ACUUUCUCUCAAGCAGUGAUCUCUUUCUCAAUUUAUUGCUUUCUUUCUUUGAUACAUCACUAGCUUUUACAUAUAUAUAUUUUCGUUAUCCUUUUUUUCACCUUAUAAUCUCUAAUGGAAGAAAAGGCAGAGUGUACCCAAGAUGGCACUGUUGAUUUUCAUGGCCAGCCUGCAAUUUCAUCCAAAACUGGCAAAUGGAAAGCUUGCGCUUUUCUUGUUGGUUAUGAAGCUUUUGAAAGGAUGGCUUUCUAUGGAGUUGCUUCCAAUUUGGUGAAUUACCUUACAACACAACUCCAUGAAGAUACUGUUUCUUCAGUGAGGAAUGUCAAUAACUGGUCAGGAUCUGUGUGGGUAACGCCAAUUCUCGGGGCUUACAUAGCUGAUUCUUACUUGGGUCGCUUCUGGACUUUCACACUGUCAUCUAUUGUUUAUGUCAUGGGUAUGAUUCUACUAACAGUGGCCGUAUCCCUCAAGAGCCUGAAACCCACAUGCACCAACGGAAUCUGCAACAAGGCUUCAACCUCACAAAUCGUCUUCUUCUACACUGCCCUGUACACCACAGCAAUCGGAGCAGGAGGGACCAAACCCAACAUCUCCACCUUUGGUGCGGACCAGUUCGACGACUUCAACCCGCAUGAGAAGCAGACCAAGGCCUCAUUCUUUAACUGGUGGAUGUUCACCUCGUUCCUCGGCGCGUUGAUCGCCACUCUAGGACUUGUCUACAUUCAAGAGAAUUUGGGAUGGGGACUUGGUUAUGGAAUCCCCACUUCUGGUCUCCUUUUGUCGCUUGUCAUUUUCUAUGUAGGGACGCCAAUGUAUCGCCACAAAGUGAGGAAGACCAGAAGUCCUGCUAGGGAUUUGAUUCGUGUUCCUGUUGCAGCUUUCAAGAAUAGGAAACUCCAACUUCCUAGUGAUCCUUCACAACUUUAUGAGCAGGAUAUGCAGCAUUAUAUUGGUAGUGGGAAACGACAAGUGUAUCACACUCCAGCUUUGAGGUUUUUGGACAAGGCAGCUAUUUUAGAAGACCGAACUGGUUCCACAAGGGUGCCAUUGACAGUCACCCAAGUGGAAGGAGCUAAGCUUAUCUUUGGCAUGAUCCUUAUAUGGCUAGUAACAUUGGUUCCCAGCACAAUUUGGGCACAAAUCAACACUCUUUUUGUGAAACAAGGCACCACAAUGGACAGAAACCUUGGUCCUAAUUUUAGAAUUCCAGCUGCUUCUCUAGGUAGCUUUGUGACCCUUUCAAUGCUUCUAUCAGUGCCAAUGUAUGACCGGUUUUUCGUGCCCUUCAUGCGCCGGAAAACCGGCCACCCCAGAGGAAUCACAUUGCUCCAAAGGCUUGGAAUUGGAUUUUCAAUUCAGAUCAUAGCCAUUGCAAUUGCUUAUGCAGUUGAAGUUAAAAGAAUGCAUGUCAUAAGAGCAAACCAUGUACUUGGUCCUAAAGAUAUUGUCCCUUUGAGCAUCUUUUGGCUGUUACCACAGUAUGUUCUAAUUGGAAUAGCAGAUGUGUUUAAUGCAAUUGGAUUGCUGGAAUUCUUCUAUGAUCAAUCCCCUGAAGACAUGCAGAGUCUUGGAACAACGUUUUUCACAAGUGGGAUAGGAUUUGGGAACUUCUUGAACAGUUUUCUGGUGACAAUGGUUGAUAAAAUAACUGGAAAGGGUGAGAGUAAGAGCUGGAUUGGUGAUAACUUGAAUGAUUGUCACUUGGAUUACUAUUAUGGGUUUUUGUUGGUUCUAUCAAGUCUCAAUUUGUUGGCAUUUCUUUGGGCUUCAAGUAGAUACAUUUACAAGAGGGAAUCAGUUAGGGUCAAAGAGGCCCUUUGUGUUCAAAUGGAGGGAAACCCAACUUUGGAUGCAUCUCUUGGAUUACAAGUUUGAAAACUGGAAAACAGGCUCUAGACAAAAACAAAAAAUUGGAAACUAGCUAGAGUGAAAUAGGGAAUUGAGAUCUUCUGUCCCCUUCCAUGUCUCAUUUUCUUGUCCCACCAAUGAAAUAUAAACACAUCACUCAAAAUCCAUGACGGGUACUUUUGGAUAUAUAUAAAUUUCAUGGAAAUUUUUUAUUAGUGGGAUACAAAAAUGAGACAUAAAUUAGAGACAGGUGUUCUUAAUAAAAUUUAGGGUAUGUUUGAUGACCAUUAGUCAUAUUGAACCUAAACUUUCUUCACAGAUUCCACUGAAAAUUGGGAUGUUAUUGAAUUUAGUUCGCCCCAGUAUGUUUUCUUUCCCCUUCUUAAGUUAAAUUCAAGCCUAGGAAAUUCAGAUACAUAAGUUCAUCUUGAAUUGAUGAUUGUACCGCGUGUAAUAUUUUGUGUGUAAUAUAUGUAGCUGUCAAAAAAAAAAGUGUGUAAUGUAUGUUUUCAACUCCA